AUUAAAAUGAGAAAUGCAAAAUGCUUUUUUAAAAUGCAUGACCAAAUUCAACACUGAAUUGCAAAUUACUGAAUGCAAUUUUAUUUGAAUUAUCCCAAUUUAACAUGCAACUGAUUUGACAUUUUAUUUUUAAAAGCAUGUGAGUGAAUUAUAUUUUUUAUAUUGAAUUAUCAAUUGCAAUAUGUAUUUUCACAUUGGAUGAUCAAACCAGAAGAUAAAAAGUGGUUUUGGUGCUUUAGUCCACAUGUUGCAUAAUGUAACUUCCUCUUGUUAACACCCAUCAUUUUGCUUUGUAAAAGUGAGAAAAAAAGUAAAGCAUCAAUUCAAUUUUUUUAUAUUUUCCUUUUCCUUGUGUUCAUUCUUUGUUGAUUUAAGGUCUUCCAGAUCCUAAAAUGGUCUCGAACAAAUUUGCAUGUUACGUUUCACCCCCAACAGUUUGCAAACUUUUACCUUUUAUAAAAUGUUCCUUGUAAUUGAACUUUGUCAAAAGUAUUAUAAAAAAAGAGGAAACCAGGCUUGCAAAAUGCAAGCGUGAAAUGAAGUGUCACCACCUGCAGCGGAAACAGCCCGUUGUAGAUUUUCUUCAGGAAGCAGUUGGUUCUCACACUCUCAUGUGGCUCCAGCAACAGUCCUCCACCACCCCAGACAAAGAUGCGGGGCAUCUGCCUGAUCUGCUGCAUUUGGGCUGCAGCUGCAGUCAUCCCGAGUUCUUUGGCUUUCAACAUUGGAACAACGGAUGUCAAAGUCUUAUCUGGAGAAAAGAAAGAUUUCUUUGGAUAUAAAGUGUUUCAGUUCACAUCAGCUGACAAGACGGGGAUCAUUGUCACAGCACCUUUGAGCUUAAAUGGAUCUGGGGAAAUAUGCAAGUACAGACAUGAAGAAAAGCCACGUUGCCAGACUUCUCAGGAUUUUCCGGACGCAAACUCAACAAAAAUCAAGCAUUUGGGUAUGUCAAUAGCUGCAAAACCAACUGGAUCCGAGUUCACGGUGUGCAGUCCAAACGUUGUCCAUGAAUGCUUAGGGAACUCCUACCUCAACAGUUGGUGUCUCAGCAUGAAAGAUAAUGUUUCACGCUCUUUUAAACCAGGCUUCCAAGAGUGCACCAAAAACAAAGUAGACCUGGUCUUUCUGUUUGAUGGAUCAGGCAGCAUGACUGAAGAAGAAUUUAAAAAAAACAAAGAUUUCAUUAAGAGCAUCAUGGACAGUUUAUCCAACACAACAAUCAAGUUUGCAGCGGUUCAGUUCUCCCGCAGACCCAGAAUAGUUUUUGACUUCAAUGACCACGUUGCAGGAAGAGCUUUGGAGAAACUGAUCAAAGAAGAGCAUAUGAAGUCACUCACAAACACAUAUAGAGCCCUUCAGUUUAUCUUAGACAACCUGUUUGGAAAAGAGUCAGCGGGCGCCACUCCUGGUGCAACUCAAGUUCUGGUUCUCAUAACGGACGGAGAUCCCAGUGAUACUCAAAAGGACGGAGUUCUUACAAAAUAUGACCAAAAGAACAUCAUUCGGUUUGUCAUCGGGGUUAAAAUUGAUAGCAUGGAAAAAAUUAAACCCAUCGCCUCAGAGCCGAAGGACAAAAAUGUUUUUAAAAUUGAGGACUAUAAAGGGCUUGAUGGGAUUUUAAAAAACUUCCAAAAUAAGAUCUUCGUUGUGGAAGGGUCCAAAGUGGCUCUGGCAGGAAACUUAACUAAUGAAAUGUCUCAGACUGGAUUCAGUGCUGCCUAUUACAAGGACACUCUGGUUCUGGGCUCGGUGGGAUCAAACAGCUGGCGUGGUUCUCUGGAGCAGCGUGAAAAUGAAGAUGAAGAACAACAUGAAGAUCAGAUUUUGGAUCCAGACAUGGAGAUGGAUUCCUACAUGGGAUUUUCCUUAUCCACCGGGGAGAGGAAUGGAGUUCCUCUAUAUUUCUCGGGCGCUCCCCGGUUUCAACACACUGGACAAGUUGUAAUUUUCUCUAGUACUGGAAAACACUGGACUGUACAGCAGAGACUAGAGGGGACCAAGGUCGGUUCCUAUUUUGGCGCGGAGAUCUGCACUGUCGAUAUUGAUUCAGAUGAUAGCACUGACUUCCUGUUGGUGGGAGCUCCAAUGUUUUACCAGCCUCUACAAAAGACAGAAGGCAAAGUCUAUGUCUACGCACUGACCAAUAAGCAACUGGAAAUGAGGCUGAGCCUGACGGCUCCAUCUAUGGGGAGAUUUGGCACCACCAUAUCCAGCCUUGCUGAUAUGAAUGGAGAUGGACUCCGAGAUGUAGCAGUCGGCGCCCCUCUGGAGGACGAUAACCAUGGAGCUGUGUACAUUUAUCUCGGAGACAGAAAUAGUGGGAUACGCCACACCUUCAGCCAGAGAAUCAAUGGAAAGAGUUUUCAACCUGAAAUGAGGUUUUUUGGUCUAGCUGUUGAUGGACAUGGAGAUCUUGGAAAUGAUGGGCUUCCAGAUGUUGUGGUUGGAUCACAGGGCGCUGCUGUUGUUUUAAGGUCCAAGCCAGUCUAUAAUGUUGCAGCUAACUUGUCGUUCCAUCCUGAAGUAAUAAGUAUCGAAAACAUCGACUGCGUAAACAAUCCCCAUGAAGUUCUGCCCAUGGUUAACCUAACAACAUGUUUUCAGUUGCAAGAGACAACAAAGAGCAAAACAGAAAAAGCUAAUCUCACACUGGGAAUCCUGUACACGCUCAGUGUGGAUUUAAUGAGACAAACCCAUCGAGGAUUCUUCAGUCCAACUGAUAAGAAAACCAAGAGUCUUCACAUCCACUAUAACCUCACCACACAAGCGACGUGUUUCAAUCAUUCAGUCUUCAUGCCGAAAUGUGUGAAGGACACGUUAUCCCCCAUCAGCAUUAAGUUUAACUUUUCCCAACCUGACAAUGAGAACGCAAUUGCCGUCCUAAACACGGACUGUAAGAAGGAGGCCAUUUUUGAGAUUCCAUUCGAGAAAAAAUGCAGAAAGAACGACACCUGCGUUGCUGAACUGGAAGUAGAUUUCGACUUCACGACGCCAACGCUGUUGGUGUCUGAGCAGAGUUACUUCAACAUUUCCAUAUUACUGGCAAAUAAAGGUGACGACUCGUACAACACCAGCCUGACUGUGCUCCACUCUCCCGGCCUUUCCUUUUCCAAUGUGAAUGUCACAAAGGCCACAAGACAAACUCUGUAUGAGUGCUAUGAUCUGAAAGAAGUACGAGACAGAACUCAGUGUGGCAUCAGCCGUCCCGUGUACCGAAGUGGCUCCAUGGCAACAUUCCACUCCUCUUUCCAUGUCAUUAAGGAUAUUGAUUGGAAUGACACAAUGACUAUGACCGUAUUUGGACAAAGUGACAACACAAACUCCAGCAGGAUUGGUUCUGUGACCAAAACCAUAAAGGUACAAUAUGAAAUCAGGAUGGUAACUGCAGUGAAAGAGGACAGUGUCACCUAUCUGAACUUUACAACAGGGGAUAACAAACCCCAAAAAAUGGUCAUCACUUACCAGAUAGAUAAUACUGGUUUCAAGGAUUUUCCGGUCAAUGUGUCGCUAUAUUUCCCAAAACAAGUUCAAGAAAACUUUGAAUUAAUCAACUAUCAAGUUUUCGUUCAAAAGAACAAAACCCAGUGCUCUAGCACUCUUGAUAAAAAAUCUGAGGACUGCACACAGGAAAAGGAAUGCAUCGUCACACAGUGCAACAGUUUCAGUCUGAAAAAACACUCUUCUGCUGCCUUCACGCUACAGGCAGAUGUGCAUUUUAGAGACAUUCAUCGUUAUGUCAAGGAAUUUUCUCCCUUUACUGGAGGAAGAACAGAGAUCAGAUUCAAGAGUUUGAUACGCGUCGAUACCGACAGAAGCCGAUAUGUGCUAGCUUCCUACAAUGAGAAAAGCUCGAACAUCAAACUUUUGAAGAAUGGUCAAGUCACUGAAAAUGAUCAAACGACGAAAUGGGUACAAAAACAUCCAAACGGACACAGAGAAUACAGAGAACAAUUGUUCACAACUUGCAUUUUAUGUCCCAAACAGAGCGAAGUUAGAGUUGAGAUCAUCGUUCCCCCCAACCAGUGGGUGAUCAUUGGAACUGGAGCUGGAGCAGGAUUGCUGCUUCUCAUCAUAAUAACGAUAAUCUUGUAUAAACUGGGCUGCUUCAAGAGGAAAAAAAUGCCAGUGGACGAGGAAGAAGUAACCUUUUCUUGCCCCGUGGAACAAGCCACCAAUGGCCUGACUGAUGAAACAGUUGGUAAAUCAGACGAUGGAGACAAAUCUGAUCAAGUUCUCGAGGAACAACAGUCUCUUCAGAAGAGCAACGGAGACCUUCAAUCAGAAGACGAGCCGAAGGACCAGGAUUCAGCUUAAAAAUUCAUGUCAGCGUCACAGUCGCCUGAAACUAUCCUGACACCUCAAAAGCAAUGUAAAGAGAAAUCUGGAAGAAGGUUUUUCUCAUGAGUUUUUCAAUUCAAGGGCCUACAUCAUGCUAUUCUCACGUCUUUAACAUUUGGCAUUCAUCAUGUCAUCCUAGAGCUGGGCCUGGCAGCAAGCAAACAACAUUUGUAAAGAAAUUGUGCACAUAAAAUUAGAUUCGGUUAGAAAUGGUUUAUUUCAAGCAAUCAAAAGAAGAAAAGUAAAUUCAUGUGCAAUACAAUCAAUCAUCCGAAGUUUACAUCCACAAAUCCAUGUCAAGCAGAGGAUACAUUAAGAGCUGCCUGAAAGGGAGUGGGAGGAAGCGAACUUAUAUAAUCCUACCAUUUCCUUUAUGUGUAUCAUCAUUAUCCAGUCCGUAACUUAAGAUCCGAUAUUUAUAUCUUUCCAACGUAGAUCCAGGUUAUUAGGAAUCCUCAAGUAACAAUAAAUCACAUGAUCAAAAAAAGAUCAAAGCGUUUUGAAGAUCACUGCUAGCGCCGCAGAGAAAGUGUGAGUGUGUGUUAGCCAGGGGGAGGUUCUGGCAGCGAAGGGGCUGUUCCCACUUUGUGAUGUCACAAUGUGAGCACUCACUCAUUUUUGUGGAUUGGGAGGGGCUGGUGCUCAAUAAUGCUCAAAGAUAAGUGAGUGGAAAAAUAAUACUGCUUUUUUGGGGAGGGGGAGGUGAGAAAUUAGCAUUAUUAUAUACUUAAAACCUAAAAAAAUGGAUUUUGAAGGAUAUAGGCCAUUUAAAAGCAAAACUAUGGAACCAGGUCAAAUGAUUUUGAAAUUUGAUGACUUUGGAUCCUAAAAACCUUGUAACUCCACUAAAAAUGAUGACGCAGAUACUUUUGAUUUCAUUUGUGUUUGAUUUGAAAAGAGUUAAAACGUUUUACAGCAAAUGUUAAAAACUGUGCCUAGAAAUGUCCCUCGUGAAGAGCCAAACUUUGUUUCUGCUUCUGCUUCAAAAUAUGCAAUUUUCAAACUCCAAUUCAAUUGACAGCUCUGCAUAUCUUGCUUUGUAUUAUUGAGCCGUGUGCAAUAUAAAGGAUUCUUAAAGAACCCGUAAAGACUCCAAAUCAAAUAGAAAAUCCUAUUGGACAUACUUUGGACUUGUCUUCCAAAUAUAGAAAAACUUCCAAAACAAUGCUUUUAUUCCACUUUUUGUUAAAAUAACUUUUACCAGUUGCCUUAGAAUCUGGUUUACCUCUCUAGUAGUAAUCGGUCUCUAAAUCCAAGUCCUAAAGAAACAAGACUCCUCUUUUGUGAACAAAAAUGUCAGCAUAUCCCGCUAGGGGUUGCCACAGUAAAUCCGCACAUUUGGUUUGGCAGAGUUUUACACAGGAUUCCCUUCCUGAUACAACCCUGUUUUUCAUCUGGGCUGGGGACCGGCACAGGGAGAACCAAACUUGGGCCUGCUUGUGGCUUUAUAAUUGGGCAGUAGUGUGAAGGGUCUUUCCUCAAUGCGCUUCAGUGGGAAAUGAACUCUGGUUUCCCAUGCGCCAGUCUCCUAGGGAGCUGAUGGAGCCAUCCAGCUGCUUUUUUGUAAACAAAAAUAAAGUUGUAAAAUGUCAUUGCCAUUUCUAAGCAUAAAUAGCUCUUUAUUUUUUGCAUGUAUGUUGAUGUGUGCGUAUGAAACAGAUCUAUUUAUAUCUCAGUUUAAUAUCUGUUCAAUAUUGUAAUCAUUGGUUCCGUUUCUUAGUGUGAACUGAUUCAAAAGUGUCUUCCAUUCACUCAUUUUUAUACUUUGUUACAAUUGUAUUAAUAAAUAUAUACAAAUAAAAUAAAGCUGGUGUUUA